UUUAAAUUCACUUUACACGCAUCGCGGCGGUGUUAUAGAUAACAUUGUAGGAGAUAAGAACACUCAUCUCGGUGCGCAAAACAAACGCACCGUCGCUUAGAAUCGAUGACCGUUUCUACGUGCGACACAUUCAUGGUUGUUGUAAAUAUUGUACACAGCCAGCCUCGCGUGUGUAGUUAGUGUGUAGUAAUAAAGCGUGAUUUAACAUCAGUUAUACAUCAAUGAAACCGUUUGACUCAGACGAGGAGGAGGCGGAGCAGCUGGGGGCUUACCAGAAGGAGCUGAGACAGCGGGCCAACCAGAGCAUACAGCAGCUCAGCAGUGCUUUGGGGCAGCUGAGCUCUGAUGGAGAUGAGGUGGAGGAGCCCAGAGGCAGCGCUGGCAGCCUCUUCACCGCCACGGCCGAAGAGAACAAGGCUGCAUGGAGCCAAAAGACACAGAGCGAAGCAGUUAAUCAGCUGAAGAGCCUUCUACUGAAGCAGUGCAGAGAAAUUCCCUCUCCUCUCACUCCUUCAAAGAAACAGUCUCCAUCCAAGAGAGUACAGCAGGAGGGCCGGUCCAACGUGCCGGCUUUUCAGGAUUUGGUACCAAUGAUUCACAACCAGUCAGAGUACAUCCAACACCUGGAGGCUGAAGUCAAAUUGUGCAAGGAGGAGCUGCACGAGAUGAAACAGCGGAUCCGAGUGGUGGUGGUGGAGAAUGAGAAGUUGCAUUCAGGCCUCAAGUCCAAAGCUGUGGAUGAAUCCCUGAAAGAGUACACAAUCCACAACUCCAUGGUGAACGGGAGUUUGGCAGCCAACAGCCACAGCAUGCUGCACAAAGCAGAACACACCACAUGGAGCAACGAACUGGAACAAUUGAAAGUGAUCUACCAGGCCCAGAUUGAAAGCUUGGAGGCUCAGGUCCUCUCCCUCAGGAAGGAUCUGUCAGUCAGUCAGAAGGAGUGUGAGGAGGUGAAGGAUCGUCUGAGACUCCGGGAGAAACAGGCUGCAGAUGCACUGAGAGCCGAUGGAGCUCCUCGUGUGGCCGGAAUGUGUCUGAAUUGUGCGCAGCACGAAGCUGUGUUGGCUGGGACUCACACAAACCUGCAUGUCCAGACUAUUGACAGAUUCAAAAAGGAGCGUGAUGAGUUACUGGUGGCUCUGCGCGGCGUGCGUGCGAGUCAGCAGGAGGCCCAACAGAGGGAGUGGUCGGCCUGUCUCCAAGUCAAGCAGGCUGUGGAGAUGGCGGAGGAAGCAAAUCUGUACAAAGCCAGGGUGGAGGUGCAGUGUGAGCAGCUGUCCAGGGAGCUGGCUCGACUUCGGGAACAACUAGAACGAGAAGCACAGGCCUUGAAGGAGAGACUGGCUGAGGCCAGAGAGGAGGGCCGGGCUGAGGCCCGCAAACAGAAAGAGGAGCUGGCCCAGACAGUGUCCAGCCUCUCCCAGCAUGUCGCUGAACUGGAAGGACAGAUGGACAGAGCUCACAGAGACAAGAGCUCACUGACCAGUCAGCUGGAAGAUACUCUUGGCAAACUUACCAGCCAGGAACAAGACAAUACCAAGGUGUGCGUGGAUCUUCGAUAUCGGCUCAGCCAGGCCCAGCUGAAGAAAGAGGAGGCAGAGAGAGAGCUCCGGGAGCUCCACACCAAGACCAGCAGACAGAUGGAAAAGGCUGCGCAGGAAGUGGAAAGGCUGAGCUCAGAGCUGGUUGGCUGUCGGCAGCAUCUGGAGGUUGUCCAAAAGGACGGGAGCCAAUGGCAGGCCGAAGCCCUGAGCCUAGCAGAACAGCUGGCAAAUGCCCAGCGCCAACUGCACCUCACCAGACAGGACAGAGAGAGUUCAGAGCGGGCUCAUGAGGAGGAAAUGGCGUCUACGACCCUUUCAGCGCAGGAACGAGAGAGAGAGCUGGCUUUGCUGCUGGAGCAGACGGAGGAUCAACACCAGCAGAGAGGUGAGUGCUUCCACCUUCAGGGCUGUUGCUGGUCUUGGCUGCAGCAGAGCUUCCACUGUCUCCUUCUUACCUCUCUGUCUUAAUCUAAUUUAGAGACUUGUCCGGAUGUGUCCGCGACAAUGCAUGCAACAUUGGGGCUGCUAGCUGUCCCAGUCGGGUGAUCCGAGGACAUUUGCCUGUUUUGUGCAAAACCUGCAGUUGGAGAUACAUUAUAGAUUUAACCUGUGCGUCGGUUAUCGUUGUAGCUGGGCUGCAAUACUUCAACCACAGCACCCCUGCAUGCAAGGCACUAAUCUUGUCGGUUAACUGUUAGUGAUGAAAAAAAAUCAAAAGAGAGAAAGAGUGUGUUCGCAGAAGGAUCAUUGUUGCAUUCCUUCUGCAGCUAUGCAGAAUUUAUAGAAAAAGAGAUAUAAACAAACAUAAAAAGUAUGAUUGAAAAUGAAAUAAUUCUCAAGUGAAUUCUACUCUCCAGUGCUGGUAUCCAUUGGCAGUGGAUUGUAUCUGGCAGAUGUGAUGGAGCCAAAUCAGGUGGACAUUGGGGGGGUCAGACUCCCCAAGGGGGCUGCAUUAAAUGCUUUUCAUUAGAGAGCCACACACACUUGAGACCAUCUCAACGCGGCUGCACAGCAGCAAGUCCUCACAUUUGCUAUUUCACUAGGUUUACUGUGGGCCACUGCGGUACACGGGCUUGUUAGUUGUCUUACACAGAGGGGAGUGUGAUGGGGGGGGGGGGAAUAAAGCAGAACUAAACAGGAUGGAGCACACUGAGUUAAAUUUUCAGAACCACAAGAAGCCAAACAGGAGAGUUAAUCAGGGUCAGUUGCAGAAUCACAGCCCUUGAGCUGGGAGCGUCUCAGUCUCUUCCUCAAGGACACUACAGCAGGGUGGAUCUUAGCCCGAACAGGGUCUUGAACCUGCAUCUUCCAGUUGAAGGGUGUUUUUUGUCUUCUUACUGUGCCAUCAACACAACAUGGGCAGAGUGGGAGGAGACAGACACAAAGAACAAAGAACACAAAUCAUUAGAGCUGAAGUGACCUCAAAAGAGCAGAUCAGAAGCCAUAAGAGGAGAAGAGAGAAUAGCGGGGAAGAGCAGAGGGAAGGUGAUGGGAGCAGAGCAGAGAGACCCAGCUCAGAGCUCCCUGUCUGUCUGCACAGCAGAGCUGCUGCUGCUAGCACAUCUGUUGCACCAUCUGGAUCUCCCCCCCCACCUCCCCCUCAAAGCCACCACUCACCCUCAACCACUCUCCCUCUCCCUCCCUCCCUUCUCCUUUCUGUUUGUUUACCUGUGGUUCCCUUCAACAACCAGGGAGCCUGCUGGUACACAGAACAAAG